UGAAAAAAAGGAGAGCGGUGAAGAAAGGCAAUAACUAAGAGAAAGUGGUGGCUGAGAUUUCACAAGUACGCCAUACCUUCUUAAAAGCCUCGUAUUCCUGCUUCUUGGGUUGGGACAGAUUUUGGGUAUUCCAGAGUACUUAUCAUCUUUUUCUGAAUAUAAGAAAUACCCAUAUUUCAUUUGGGAAUCUUCAAGAUUCUCUACACAGUGAAUUAAGGUUUGGGUCUCCUGUUAAUGUUUUUUUUCCUUUAUGGGUUUUGUGGAAUUUGUGAUUUGGAUAUAAUGAUUUUGGUGUACUUCGGUUUUAUUUUCCUUUUGGUAGAACUAGAAUCAUGAAUAAAAGUGGGUGGGAAAGGUAUUGAUUGAAGAAUCUGUUGAAAGUGUGCUGUUAUUGGUUUUUUUUUUUUAAACCCCUUUUUCUUUUCCGUUUCUUUUGGUUUUGCAUCUUGAAUUUAAUUUAGUUUGAUGGAUUUGGCGGUUUUGAAAUGGGUUUUCCUCUUUAAUCACUCUUCCUGUCAUUUUCUUGAGUGAUGUUAUCAUGUUGGACAUGUAUAUCAUCAGAAAAGGGGAAACCUAAUCUUGAUAUGAGCUUCAUCUCUGCUUAGGUUUUCCUUUUUUUUCUUUUUUUCCCCUAUUUGACCAGAUUAGGGUUUUGAAGAGUGGGAGGAGGAAUUUAUCCUGAGAGUUCCUUUUUGAUGUUGCAUUUCACAUCAAAUUGUUCUUUGGAACCUGAGACUUGCACAAUUUGGAUGGGUUAGGAUUUGCUUGGUGGGUUUCUGAAGAAAGUUCAUUAUGGAAGAUGGAGCAAUUUGGACGGCUUAAGAUUUGGUAGGUUGGGUCUUAUAGAAAGAUCAUCAUGGAAGAUGGAGCACCCCCACCAGAAACUGCUUUGGGCACUGUUCCUGAUUCCUCCAUGGAUUUGGAUUUCAUGGACGAGUUGUUUUUAGGAGGAUGCUGGUUAGAGACAACUGAUGGAUCUGAGUUCUUGCUACAGAGUCCAUCUAAUUCUGGUUCUGUCUUUGAUCCUUCAUCUUUAUGGCCAACUUUUGGAUCAAAUAAUGUCGAUUUGAGUGCAAAUAUAUCUGCAAAUAACAUCCAGGAAGAGACGCAAAGAUCAAACUUCCCUGGGAACGCCGUAGAAAGCACUGAUAAAACUCAGUCUCUUAGUCAGAGUAUGACAAAUGUUGCAGGGUAUCCAGUUCAAUCAGAAAACUAUUUAAUGGAUGAUUUUGAUCUUAGUAGAAGGUGGUGGAUUCGACCCAAGUCAAGUCUGGGUCCUUCAUCUACUGUGAUGGAGAGAUUAAUUCGAGCACUUAGUUACAUGCGAGUUUCCACAAAAAAUAAAGACGCACUUAUUCAAAUAUGGGUGCCAGUAAAUAGGGGUGGCCGAAGAGUUCUUACAACUAAUGACCAACCUUUCUCGCUCGAUCCCCGCUGCCCGAGGCUUGCAAGGUAUAGAGACAUUUCUGUGAACUAUCAGUUCUCAGCUGAGGAGGAUUCCAAUGAAUUGGCUGGACUGCCCGGGCGAGUUUUUUUGGGCAAGGUUCCUGAGUGGACUCCUGAUGUUCGCUUCUUUAGAAGUGAGGAAUACCCUAGAGUCGACUAUGCUCAACAUUUUGAUGUCCGUGGAACUCUCGCACUUCCAGUUUUUGAACAAGGCAGCCAGACAUGCUUGGGUGUUAUUGAGGUUGUGAUGACCACUCAAAAGAGUAACUAUCGUCCUGAGCUUGAAAGCGUCUGCAAAGCACUUGAGGCUGUUGAUCUGCGGAGUUCUGAAGUUCUGAGCACAAGGAAUGUAAAGGCAUGCAACGAGUUCUACCAAGCUGCAUUACCCGAAAUUCUAGAGGUCUUGACAUCCGCCUGUGGAACACAUGGACUGCCUUUGGCUCAAACUUGGGUCCCAUGCAUCCAACAAGGUAAAUGGGGCUCCCGGCACACUGAUGAGAACUACAUCCACUGUGUUUCCACUGUGGAUUCUGCUUGUUGUGUAGCUGAUCCCCGUACCCAGGGUUUUCAUGAGGCUUGCUCUGAGCACCACCUACUGAAAGGUCAAGGCGUUGCUGGAAGAGCAUUCACAACUAAUGAACCGUGCUUCUCAGCUGACAUAACCUCCUUUAGCAAGACUCAGUAUCCCCUCUCUCAUCAUGCGAGGAUGUUUGGACUCUGUGCUGCUGUUGCAAUACGCCUGCGGAGUAUUCAUGUUCCUGCGUCUGACUUUGUCUUGGAGUUCUUUUUACCUGUAGAUUGCAGGGAUCCUGAAGAACAAAAGGGGAUGCUUUGUUCAUUGUCCAUCAUCAUACAGAAGGUUUGUCGGAGCCUACGGGUUGUCACAGACAAGGAGCUGGAGGGGGAAACUCCUUCCCUGGUUAGUGAAUUGACAGUCCUCUCAGAUGGAAGUCCUGGCAGCGAAGAAACACAGAAGGUGCAACAUACACCCACCGAAAAAAUUUCCCAAGAACAGUCAUCCUGGAUGGCCUCUCUCAAGGAGGCCCAACAGAGUAUUGAUAUUACCCCGCCAUCCCAAAAGGAAAAAGUGAGGGAAAGGUUAAGUGAAAAAUCCUUGGAGUUUAGACAGCAUCAACAAGAUUCAAGCCAACAAGGAAGUUUUGACUGUAGAGAUGAUUCUACUUUUGGUAAGAGUAGCUUAUCUAGUGUGGGUAAAACAGGAGAAAGAAGACGUAGCAAGGCAGAACAAACCAUCACACUGCAAGUUCUUCAGCAAUAUUUCGCCGGGAGCCUAAAAGAUGCUGCAAAGAGCAUUGGAGUUUGCCCCACAACCUUGAAAAGGAUAUGCAGGCAACAUGGGAUCAAACGUUGGCCUUCUCGGAAAAUUAAGAAGGUUGGUCACUCCUUACAUAAAAUACAACUUGUGAUCGACUCAGUCAAAGGUGCAUCUGGUGCUUUUCAAAUCGGUAACUUCUAUUCAAAAUUCCCAGAACUGGCCUCGCCAGAGUUAUCAGGAACCCACCCAUAUUCAACUUCAAAGCUUUUUGAUCACGAAAAGCCAUUAAGCGUGCAACCUGAGGGAGACAAUUCCAGCGCUGGAGUUGCUGCAUCAAAAUCUCUUUCAUCUUCAUGCAGCCCGAGUUCCAGUUCAAGUCAGUGCUGUUCCACUGGGACUCAGGAACAUCCUUCCACAUGUAGUGUCACUGGCAGUGAUCCUAUGGUAGGGGAAAACUCCGGGGAAGGUAUGCUAAAGAGGGUCAGAAGCGAGGUGGAACUGCCCAUCUCAAGCCAAGAAGAGCUAAAGCUCCUACCAAGAUCCCAGAGCCAUAAAUCUCUCCCCGAGUGUCCUAAUCUGGAGAGUCAUCCAGCCAUACCACAAAGUGGUGGCCGGGCAUCUCAAGAAGGGGAUGCCUGGAGAGUGAAGGUCACGUAUGGAGAUGAGAAGAUCCGUUUCCGGAUGCAAAGUAACUGGGGAUUAAAAGACCUGCGGCAAGAAAUUGGGAGGCGAUUCAAUAUAGAUGACAGCAGUGGAUUCCAUCUCAAGUAUUUGGAUGAUGACUUAGAGUGGGUGUUGUUAACAUGUGAGGCCGAUUUUGAGGAGUGUAAGGACAUAUGCGGAUCGUCUCAGAACCACGUGAUAAGGCUGGCCAUCCAUCAAAUUUCUCAUCAUCUGGGAAGUUCUUUAGGUAGUACUUGCCCUUAGUGAAAUGCUUUCAUGGAGGUUGUGAUAGAAAAUUGGAUGGUGUUGUUUACAUGGAUUUAGCUAUUCAUGUUGGGAAGUUGCUUAGUAGACGAGUUUCUGUAAACAUUGAAUUCGGUUUCGAAUUACACAGGAUUGUGAAUGGUACGCUGGAAAAGGACCAAAAUAAGGCAGGGAGGCAGUUCAAAAUUCUGGUAAUGGAACACUGCAACUGACGGCGAGAGCUGAGAGACUUGAGCAACGCUGCAAUUUUCUUUUGUUUUAUUUUCGUUUUAUAGCCUGUAUAUAUUUAUGGAGUUAAUGUAAUGAGCCUUGGACUGCCCUGUCAAUCAUAGAUAGAUGAAAUGGAAAUGUAAUUUUUCUCUUUAAAGCUAAAACGGUUCUUUCCAA